AUGCCGCUCACGAGCCGAACUGCCGUUCAAGGCAGGAGUCCCGGCCUUGAGGCUCUUGGUUUUCUUUGUGCUCGCCACGUCGUUCUUUCAACCGCUCGUUUGAAGGCCUUUUCAGCUUCAUCAUCUUCCACGAUGCAUUACGCAGUUGCCGCAGCUAUCUUCGCGGCCGGCGCCCAUGCCGCUGCCGUAGCGCCUCUCUGUGCUCGAGCGACCUCUUCAAGCUCUUCUGGAGGUUGGGAGACUCGGUACACUGCCACCGGCACCGCUGCUGUCGCUGCUGCUGCUGCUGCCACAGCCAAGACUAGCAGCCCAACCAGCAACGUCAAAGGCAAGGCUUUCGACCGCUUUGUCAUUAUCUGGAAUGAGAAUACCGAUUACGAUAAGGCUAUCGGUGAUCCCAACUUUGCUUGGCUUGCCAAGAAGGGCAUCACGCUGUCCAACAACUUUGCCGUCACUCAUCCUUCUGAGCCCAACUACUUUGCAUCGGUUUCUGGAGAUUAUCUGGGCAUGAAUAACGAUAACUUCAAUCGCGCCGAUCGCAAUGUUUCUACUGUGUUUGAUCUCCUGGACACACAAGGAAUCUCAUGGGCGGCCUACCAGGAAGACAUGCCGUUCUCAGGUUUCGAAGGCAUGGCAUGGGUCAAGAACCUGUCCAUGGUCUACCCGGAGCGAUCACAGUUCCACAAAGACCUCAAGGCCAAUAAACUACCCCAAUGGUUAUUUUGCACGCCGAACAUGACUUCGGACGGUCACGAUGCGUCUGUCACUACUGCAGGUGCUUGGAACAGGAAGUUCCUUGAGCCACUGCUGGAGGAUAAGAACUUCAUGAACAACACAUUGGUUUUGGUCACUUGGGACGAGAAUGAGACGUACACGCAAAAGAACCGCAUUCUUGGCAUUCUUUUAGGAGACUCAAUCCCUAAAGAGCUCGUUGGCACUACGGACUCAAACUUCUAUAACCAUUAUUCUGAGCUUGCUACAGUUGAGGCCAACUGGGACCUCCCGACCCUCGGAAGGUGGGAUGUCGGCGCCAACGUCUACAAGUUUGUCGCAGACAAGACCAAGAGCGUCAUUCGUCAGUGGAGCAACACCUCGACAGUGCCCGACCGCUACUUCAACCAGUCGUAUGCUGGUUUCUUCAACAGCAAAACCGCGAAGCAGUACCCAAAGCCCAACUUGGCUCUGGACGAGAAUGCAGCCGGCAGGAAGAUUCUCGAGUCCAUCAAGGCGACCUGGAAAGACAGCAAAGCUCCUACGUACUACGAGGAUACUGUUCAGGUUUUGGACGGACUUAACCCGCCUCCUGGCUACAAGGCAUAA